GGAAAUAUACUGCUUACUGAGCCUGGUCAGGUAAAAUUAGCAGACUUUGGAUCUGCGUCUAUAGCAUCACCUGCAAACUCCUUUGUGGGAACGCCAUACUGGAUGGCCCCAGAAGUUAUUUUAGCAAUGGAUGAAGGCCAGUAUGAAGGGAAAGUUGAUAUCUGGUCUCUUGGAAUUACUUGCAUUGAAUUAGCUGAACGGAAGCCUCCUUUAUUUAAUAUGAACGCAAUGAGUGCCUUAUAUCACAUAGCCCAGAAUGAGUCCCCUACACUACAGUCCAAUGAAUGGUCGGACUCAUUCCGUGGAUUUGUGGACUACUGCUUGCAGAAAAUACCUCAGGAACGGCCCACGUCUGCUGAGCUGCUGCGGUGUAUAAAAUGUUGA